AUGACACAGCAACCAACGCACAACAACAACAACAAUAAUAAUAACAACAACAAUGAGACGCCCAAGACGACGCUGAAGCGUUCCUUUGACGUGGCCUUUCUAAUGAUGCCCGAUGAGCGGAUCAAACAGAAACAGGCCGAGAAGCAGGCACGCCUCCAGGAGGCACUGCAGCUACACCACCAACAACAACAGCAGCAGCAGCAGCAACAACAGCAGCACCAGCAGCAGCAGCUGCUCCAACUGAAUCACUAUCCCACGGAUUUGUCGCCACGUGCUGCUGCCUCACAGCCCCCCUCACCGGCGGCCAUGGAGUACAUUAGUCUGCUGGAGGCACGACAACGUUAUCCACAGUUGGCAGCCAUACGCUCGCCGCGGGUAUAUGAUGAUCCCACGCUGGUGAUUCCACUGCUGGAUUCGCCAGAGGCAACUGUUUCGCCACCGCCGCCGCCGAUGCGCAGCGCCUUCACCAAGGUGGCGUCCUCGUCGCUGUCCAGCUCGUCGUCGCCGUCGACGAUGUCGCGUUUGGAGUCACCACCGGUGGAUGUAAGUGCACCACCUCUAAGUCCGGAUCAGUUGAGCUGUCAUUCAAUGAGUCCGCCAGCUGCCACGCCCCCACCGCCGCCACCUCGCACUGGUAGCGGUGGCAGCUGCAACAAUAUCAGUUUGCCCAAUCCCAUUGUAUAUCAUAACUUUCGGCCCGAGUAUCAGUUCAAUGGCGCCUUCCAGGCCGUCAAUCCCAUGCAGGCACUGCAGGCACAGCAGCGACUCAAGCAACAAUUGCUCUAUAGGCCGCCCAUAGCACCCAAUGGCCACAGUCCCAAUGGCUGCUCGUCGAAUCCAUCAUCCCCGCCAUCGGGACCUCCACCCGAAUUUCUGCAUGCCGCGUAUCCGGGCUUUGGUCCGCCACCGCAUCCCUUUUCCGUUGCUCAGCCGUUGCAGAAUCCGGCUGCCGCAGCGAUUCUCUCGACGCUGAUACCACCGACGCUGGCAUCGACGUUCACGCUGACCGCACAGAAUGUGUGCGCCAAGUGCAACAUUAGCUUCCGCAUGACCAGCGAUCUGGUCUAUCACAUGCGAUCCCAUCACAAGAGCGAAGUGGCCUGCGAUCCCAAUCGACGCAAGCGCGAGGAGAAGCUCCGGUGUCCGGUGUGCCAGGAGACAUUCCGCGAGCGGCAUCAUCUCACACGGCAUAUGACGGCACAUCAGGACAAGGCCAGCGACCAUCAGCCCACGCCGGAGGAGUCCAGUGAUAAUGAGAUUAUCAAUGUGGUUGGUGGCACGCCACCCGGACGCAGAUCCGGCGGUGGUUCCAAAUGA